AUGGUGUCCACAAGGCCCGCCCUCGCCACAACCGCCAAGCCGUUUCGCCCCGCCCGGCUCCCCCGGAGGGACGCGCACUAUAGUCUCGCGAGAUCGCCGCUGGUCGCGAGAAUGGUCGUCUCGCGAUACUGCCCCGCGCUCUCGGUCCCGAUCUCGCGGUCUUUGGGCGGUCGGAAGACUGGGAUGUCCCUCAUUCUCCCUGUAUUGGAGGCCAGCCAGCGCUUGGUGGACGAUGCUGUCUACGACACCAGGAAGAGGAACCUCAACAAGAGAGAAGUUGCCACCCCAGCUGAGCUUCUGUCUUUUUCUAAGCUCACUGAGCCAAGCAGCAGAGCUAUUUCACGAGCAGCAGAGAUAAUGGAGACUUCCCUGCAAGCCUUGAGGCUGGAGCAGUCACAGCAUCCCAUGGAUGCCGUCCCAGAAGACCUGCUGAGCGUGGUGGCAAACCUGUCCGGAUGCCUGCCUCACAUGCUGCCACCAAAAUGUCCCGACUCUUGCCUGGCAAACAAGUACAGACUCAUCACGGGAGCUUGCAACAACAGGGACCAUCCCCGAUGGGGGGCCGCCAACACAGCCCUGGCAAGAUGGCUCCCUCCAGUCUAUGAAGAUGGCUUCAGUCAGCCCCGAGGCUGGAACCCCGGCUUCUUACACCAUGGGUUUCCACUGCCCCCGGUUCGGGAGGUGACAAGGCAAGUUAUCCAAGUUUCAAAUGAGGCAGUGACAGAAGAUGACCAGUAUUCUGAUUUCCUGACUGUGUGGGGACAAUACAUCGAUCACGACAUUGCACUCACACCUCAGAGCACCAGCUCCACUGCCUCCUGGGGAGGAGCUAAUUGCCAGCUGACCUGCGAGAGCCGAGGCCCCUGCUUCCCCAUACAGCUUUCUUUUAAUACUUCGCUGGCCGCUGGCACCGCAUGCUUACCCUUCUACCGCUCGUCCGCUGCCUGUGGCACCGGGGAACAGGGUGCUCUCUUCGGCAACCUGUCCAUGGCCAACCCGCGGCAGCAGAUGAACGCCUUGACGUCCUUCCUUGAUGCGUCUACCGUGUAUGGCAGCUCCCCAAGCGCAGAGAAGCAGCUGCGCAAUUGGACCAGCGCCAUGGGGCUUCUCCGGGUCAACACGCGCCACCAGGACGCAGGCCGCGCCUACCUGCCCUUCGUGCCGCAGCGUACACCCGCCGCCUGCGCGCCCGCACCUGGCGCCUCCCGAGCUGCCCGCGCCCCCUGCUUCCUGGCAGGCGAUGGCCGUGCCAGCGAGGUCCCUGCCCUGGCGGCCCUGCACACGCUGUGGCUGCGGGAGCACAACCGCCUGGCCGUGGAGCUCAAGGCCCUGAACGCGCACUGGAGCGCAGAUACUGUCUACCAGGAGGCGCGCAAGGUGGUGGGCGCUCUACACCAGAUCAUCACCUUGCGGGAUUACGUCCCCAGGAUUCUGGGUCCUGAGGCCUUCAGGCAGUACGUAGGCCCCUAUGAAGGCUAUGACCCCACCAUGAACCCCACUGUGUCCAACAUCUUCUCCACGGCUGCCUUUCGCUUCGGCCACGCUGCAGUUCACCCACUGGUGAGGCGACUGGAUGCAGGCUUCCAGGAGCAGGCCAGCCUGCCCAGGCUGCCUCUUCGGGAUGCCUUCUUCAGCCCCUGGAGGCUCAUCCAGGAAGGUGGCUUGGACCCGAUAGUGAGAGGCCUUCUUGCACGACCAGCCAAGCUGCAGGUGCAGGACCAGCUGAUGAAUGAGGACCUGACUGAAAGGCUCUUUGUGCUGGCGCAGCCGGGCGCCCUGGAUCUGGCGUCACUGAACCUGCAGAGGGGCCGUGACCAUGGCCUGCCAGGGUACAACAGAUGGAGAGAGUUCUGUGGCUUGCCUCAGCUAGAGACCGCAGCCGACCUGAGCAGGGCCAUUGCCAACAGGAGCGUGGUCCGCAAGCUAAUGGACUUGUACAAGCAUCCAGACAACAUCGACGUCUGGCUGGGUGGCUUAGUGGAGGACUUCUUGCCCAGGGCCCGAACGGGUCCCCUUUUUGCUUGCAUCAUUGGGAGGCAGAUGAAGGCGCUGAGAGAUGGGGACAGGUUCUGGUGGGAGAACAGUGCGGUCUUCACCGAGGCUCAGAGGCGGGAGCUGGGCAAGCACUCACUGCCCCGGGUGCUCUGUGACAACACUGGCCUCACCAGCGUGCCCGUGGACGCCUUCCGCACCGGGACAUUCCCUCAGGACUUUGUCCCCUGCUCGAGCAUCCCCCGCCUGGACCUGGAGGCGUGGAAGGAGACCCUUCCCCAAGAUGUGGACGAGUGUGCAGACCUCACGCGCCCGCCCUGCCACGCCUCUGCCCAGUGCAGGAACACCAAGGGCAGCUUCCUGUGUGUGUGCACCGACCCCUACGUGCUGGGCGAGGACCAGCGGACCUGCGUGGACUCUGGCAGGCUUCCACGGGCGUCCUGGGUCUCCAUGGCACUGGGCGCACUGCUCAUCGCCGGCUUGGCAGCCCUCACCUGGACCCUGAUCUGCAGGUGGUCCCAUUCAGACGCAAAGUCCACACUGCCCAUCACUGAGAGAGAUGCAGAAGGACGCGGAAAAUGUCGGGAAGUGGGGACGGCCCAGCGCCGGGCUGCAGCUCGGGACUCAGAGCAGGAGCCGGCCUCUGGGUCCCAGAUCCCACUCUGUGAGUAG